UUGGCUACCGCUGCAAAGGACACAAUGCUUUUCCGUAAUGAGGAGGACCUUUCGGUGUGUCUGAGCUGAAAACAGAUGCGGCAGCCUCGCUGGAGGACACAGAUGUCGAGCAAAACGCGGAAAUUGUGUCCGAGAUAAGCACACCAGUCCCCGCCGGGCGGACCAUGGGACCGCCGGGGCUGCUGCUCGGACUGCUGUGGCUCCGCUCCGCUCUGCUCUGUGCAGGCUGCAGUGAGCGAGUGGAGGUCCACUCAGAGCGGAGGGGUGUGAUCUACAGCCCGUCCUGGCCUUUAAACUACCCUGCUGGAGUCAACUGCAGCUGGCAUAUCCAGGGAGGUCAGGGCGAGGUCAUCACCAUCAGUUUCCGGAACUUUGACGUGGCCGAAGCGGGAAGAUGUUUGGGAGACUGGCUCCUGCUGACUCCUACGAGGACCGGGGACUCCAGGCUGUGUGGCUCCAUGCUGCCUCCACCCUUCAUCUCCACCAGGGGGCGCGUCUGGCUCUAUUUCCACUCUCAGGCCAACAGCUCAGGGCAGUCCCAGGGGUUUCGUCUCUCCUACAUCAGAGGUCACCUGGGUCAGAGCAGCUGUCAGUCAGAUGAGUUCCUGUGUGGGAACGGGAAGUGUCUCCCUCGCUCUUGGAAGUGCAACGGUCAGGAUGAAUGUGGCGAUGCGUCAGAUGAACGCAGCUGUUCCCCACUUCCCACGGAGGCGCGGCCUGGCCUCUGCCCCCCCGGCUCCGUCCCGUGCACCGAGGCCCAGUCCACCCGCUGUCUGCCCCCCGCCCUGCGCUGCAAUGGGGCCCGGGACUGUCCCGAUGGCACAGACGAGCACGGCUGCCCCGACACCACCUGCGGAAAACGUCUGAGGAACUUCUACGGCUCCUUUGCCUCCCCAGACUUUUUCCGGGCCAACAGGAGCUCUGUGGCUGAGCUGAGGUGUUCGUGGUGGCUGGACACCCAGGACCCCAAGCCCAUCGUGCUGCAGCUGGACCUGCAGCUGGGCCCCGGGGACUCGCUGCAUGUGUACGACGGCCUGCUGCAGCGCGCAGAGCACCUCCUGCAGGUGCUGUCUCAUCACAACAACCGGCGCCCGGCGCUGCUAGAGUCCAGCCGGGGACAGAUGAGUGUUCUGUACAUGGCCCAGCCUCACAGCCCAGGACAUGGAUUCAACGCCACAUACCAGGUCAAAGGUUACUGUUUUCCCGGCGAGCGUCCCUGUGGCAGCGAUCAGGGCUGCUACUCUGAGCGCCAACGCUGCGACGGCUACUGGCACUGCCCAUCGGGCCGCGACGAGGAGGCCUGCCCGACCUGCCCCGACGGAGAGUUCCCCUGCGAGGGAGGAACUGGGGUCUGCUACCCAGCCUCUGAGCGCUGCAACAACCAGAAGAGGUGUCCAGAUGGGUCUGACGAGAAGAACUGCUACAACUGCCAACCUGGAAACUUCCACUGCGGGACCAACCUGUGCAUCUUUGAGACGUGGCGUUGUGACGGCCAGGAGGACUGCUUGGACGGCAGCGAUGAGAGGGACUGUCUGGCAGCCGUGCCCAGGAAGGUGAUCACAGCUGCCCUGAUCGGGAGCCUCGUCUGCAGCCUCCUGCUGGUCAUCGCCCUCGGCUGUGCCCUCAAACUCCACUCGCUCAGGAGCAGAGAGUACAGAGCUUUUGAGACUCAGAUGACUCGCAUGGAGGCCGAUUUUGUUCAGAGAGAGGCCCCCCCUUCGUAUGGUCAGUUAAUCGCCCAGGGUCUCAUCCCUCCGGUGGAGGAUUUCCCCGUGUACAACCCCACCCAGGCGUCCGUGUUACAGAACCUGCGUCUGGCGAUGCGCAGGCAGAUCAGACGUCACUCCCACGCGGCGUCCACCUCCUCUUCCUCUCGCCGACGUCUCGGGCAUCUAUGGACUCGCCUGUUCCGCAGUGGGGGGCGAACCAGAGGGAAUGCCCCUCUGCUGGACUCCCCUGGACCCACACAGAUCACACUGGGGCUCCACAGCUACCAAACUGUGGGUGUGCAGUUGCCCAGGAGCUGGGCUGUGGGACAGGCUCGAUGGGAACAGGUCGAUGCAGUGGGGUCCCGGCGCUCUGCAACCAGGACCCUGCAGUCCUGCACGUCAGAGAGCCCCGCAUCACCUCUGUCCUUGCAGUCUGCAGACAGCCCAGAGGACGUGCUGUCACCAGUCAGCAGGGAGAGCAGCAGGGGUCCACAGUCGGAGCCCCCCACACCUGUCCAGAGGGACUCUCUAACUCAUAGCGGGCGCCCCACAGAUCCCCAGGAAGCCUCUGUGCCUCCAUGCAACAUCCUCACAUCGAGGAAACUUGUUCUGGAGCUCGCUGUUAACCUGAAUGGUGUUUCCUUGAGACGAUACUCCCCCUUGGGGCCCUUGUCCCCUAUCUCACCCCCUGUGUUUUCUAGCAGAUCCCAGACAGCCACAACAACUCACCCUCACCCCCAGGGACCAGAGGUGACGUCACCCUCCGAACCCUCGUCUACUUCUGUGAAAGCAGAGGACAGCCACUUUACUGUGGAAGUGCCAAGCAGGGAAAUAAGGAGCAGGGAUAAGAGGGGGAGUAGAGAGGGCAAGGGCAGGACCUUUAGUGAUGAGGGAGGAGAUUCAGGGAGGGAAACAACGCCAUGCUGAGGAGUUAGGGAGGUACCCUCCUUCCACUCUCUCGGCUGAGACCUGCUCUCAUCAAUAUCUGCUAAAGUGUCCUUGAGAUGAGUUCCUAUCAGAUCCAGAGGUGAGACCUGUACCUUAGCCCAAUUCAGUAAAAUAUAAUUAACUUGUGUCUAUUCACUUUAAAAAUCUGCAUAUGCAGUGUUUUAGUAAGAUUAUAAACCAGCGUUAGUAGUGCUUAUGGUCUUUGUUGUGCAGUUUAUGUUUUUGUCAAGGAGCUUAAAGGGAUAGUUUGGAUGUUUUGAAAUAUGGCUGUUUUGGGUACUUAUCGAUUUUGAGUGUAUAAUAUUUUGAAGUUGGUGGAUGUCUAUCUUAAAAGUCCAUCCUAAAAUAAUCUGGGGGUUUCUGAGGUUGUUAUCCCUGCUAUCUUCAAAGCCACCAUACUCCAUUGACCAAAACGGUAUUCUUUACCUUGAAGAACACGCAAGCUGCUAUUGCGCUGCUAUUGUGCUGUUAUCUCGAUAGGUCAGAUUCACCAAAGUCACACAAUAACACACAAUGACUAAGUGAUCGGGAGAGUGGAAGACCAGCAACUUUAUUUCUCUAUGAGCAAAAUAUCAGUUUCUGUCAAUGGAGUCUGGUGGUUAGAGUUAUUUGUCGAAAAAGGAAAAUGUUCUAAAUAUUGGUUAGACUUAAACUGAUAUUGAAUGUAUUAGAUGGUUUAUUUUUUAGGUGGUUAAAUAUACCUAAUCAACCCCAAAAUCCCAACUAAUGUCGAUUCCCUUUUGGGACAUGACCUCAUCAGGAGCCUGUUCCAGAAAAAUCGAAACUCAAUUCUGGCCACCAGUACCAAUUGAAUAUUAGCUACAUGUUCUUACAACGCCAAAGCAGCCUUUGUGUCGUUACCCAGAGCCAUUUUGCACCGCUAUAUACUGUGAACCAAAAAAGCCUGUUAAGUGAUCACAAAUGAAUUUUCCUUGCUUCAUGGCCCUCCAGUCUGUCUUAUUCCCACUUUAAUGUAGAGGUAGUGUUAUUAUUAGAAGUUCACGGUAGGCUUUUGCAUAUCAGGUGAAAGCUGGUGAUAUUGUCCGUUUUUCGUAUAGUCGAUAAAUCAAAUGAAAGACCAAUAUGACCACGUCCAUUUCUAAAUGCUUUAUGACUUCACCAGACCUUUGUGGAUACUUUAAUGUUUUAAAAUGCUAAAUCGUUUUCUUAAACGUUUUCAGGAAAAAUCGCAUUUGUUUGAGACUAAUUUUGGCUGCAAUAGUGUUGCUCAUUUAUGUGUUUUAGAUAAGACUACUAUGAAGCUCUUUGACACUGAGGAAUAAGCUUUUAUACUUGUUAGUACACUUGUUAGUAUAAUAUACAUUGAGUAUAUUGGUCUUUUCACAGGAUUGUUGACGAUACAAAAAAUAAAAAAAUAAAGCCAGACCUUUCACUUCCAUAGGCAAGGAUGAACAUUUUUGGAAAUAUGUUUAUUUGCUUUCUAUUGGAGAGUUGGAUGAGUAGAUAGAAACCACUCUCAUGCCUGUCCGUAAAACAUAAGGCUACAUCUAGCAGUCGGUUAGCUUAGCCUAGUUUAGCCUAAAUACUGGAAACAGCUAGCCUGGCUCUGUCUGAAGUUAGCGGGUGAGCUUUAACGGCCCUUUGUGACAGUGUCUCACCUUCAGACGGAGCCAUGCUGUCUGUUAUUUUAAGUUUACAGUAUUUAUGAUAAGCUAUGCUAACCGGCUAACUAGGGCUGCUCAAUUAAUCGUAUUUUAAUCGCAAUUACGAUUAUGGCUAGCAACGAUUA